CACAGGAGCUCAGUACAUCAAGUAACUCUCACAGAAGCUCAGUACAUCAAGAAACUCUCACAGAAGCUCAGCACAUCAAGUAACUCUCACAGGAGCUCAGCACAUCAAGUAACUCUCACAGUAGCUCAGCACAUCAACUUGAUGCUUGAUGGCGAAGAAAAUUAUAAAAUUAAUCUGACAAUGAUCCUAAAUUCCCAAUAA